AUGUCUGUUGAUCCUAUGACGUAUGAGGCACAAUUCUUUGGCUUCACACCACAAACUUGCAUGCUUAGGAUCUACAUUGCAUUUCAAGACUACCUGUUUGAAGUGAUGCAGGCUGUUGAACAGGUUAUUGUGAAGAAACUGGACGGCAUCUCAAACUGUGACAUUAGCCCAGUGCAGAUUCGUAAAUGCACAGAGAACUUUCUCAGCUUCAUGAAAGGACGUUUUGAUAACCUUUUUGGCAAAAUGGAGCAGUUGUUUUUGCAGUUGAUUUUACGUAUUCCUCCAAAUAUUUUGCUUCCUGAAGAUAAAUCCCAGGAGACGCAUCCUUGUAGUAAGGAAGAAUUCCAGCUUCUUCAAAAAGAAAUCGAACACUUACAGAAGAAGUAUAAGACUGAAUUGUGGGCUAAGCAGGCCCUUCUUGCAGAAUUAGAAGAACAAAAAAUUGUCCAGGCGAAACUCAAACAGACCUUGACUUUGUUUGAUGAGCUUAUAAAUAUUGGCAGAGAUCAUGGGACUAGUGAUUUUCGGGAGAGUUUAGUGUCCCUGGUCCAGAACUCCAAGAAACUACAAAACAUUAGAGACAAUAUAGAAAAGGAAGGUAAAAGGCUAAAAACAUCUUAAUUUCUAAAUGGUAAAAAGAAAGAAC